CGACUCUCCCCUCGGCUCCACUCCGAGGAGGAACCCGGUGCCCCCGGCUGAUCGUUUCCAAUUACGUUACCCCAAGAUGGAGGUCUGCAGAUGGCACAGCUAGCGUCUACGAGUCACCGUAGCCGUCCGUGUGGCUUUAAUGACGCUUUAGUCCGGACAGGACUGAUUGUGUGCCAUCUUUUUGUCGAUUUUCUGGGGGAUCUACUUGGGAGAUACUGAGCUCCCGGUUCGGGGUUGUGGCAGCCAUGAGCUCCGGGGAAGGAGCGGAGGAGACGACGAAGGACGCCAGCGACAUAGAGGCGUUCUUCAAAACCGAUGGAUCCCUCCCUAAAGAGCCAAAAGGAGAUGUGUCGAGCCAGAUAGCAGGUUUUAGGAGAAAUGAGGAGAUGAGAGCGAUGGAGGUGCUUCCCAUCCUCAAAGAGAAGGUUGCCUUUCUGUCAGGUGGCAGAGACAGACGUGGCGGUCCAGUGUUAACUUUUCCAUCACGCAGCAACCACGACAGAAUACGAACGGACGACCUGAGGAGACUGAUCGCCUACCUCGCCGGCAUCCCCAGCGAGGAGGUGUGUAAACAUGGCUUCACGGUCAUCGUUGAUAUGCGUGGCUCCAAGUGGGACAGCAUCAAGCCUCUGCUGAAGAUCCUGCAGGAGUCGUUCCCGUCCUGCAUCCACGUCGCCCUCAUCAUCAAACCAGACAACUUCUGGCAGAAGCAGAGGACCAACUUCGGCAGCUCGAAGUUUGAAUUCGAGACCACCAUGGUGUCACUAGAGGGUCUGACGAAAGUGGUGGACCCCUCCCAGCUGACGGCGGACUUUGACGGCAGCCUGGAUUACAACCAUGAAGAGUGGAUAGAGGUGCGCGUGGCGUUUGAGGAGUUUUCUGGUCACGCCACCCAGAUGUUGACUCGACUAGAGGAGAUGCAGGAAACUGUGUCGAGGAAAGAUUUUCCUCAAGACCUGGAAGGAGCCAGGCGGAUGAUAGAAGAGCACGCCACGCUGAAGAAGAAAGUCAUAAAAGCGCCGAUAGAAGAGCUGGACACUGAAGGACAGAGGUUGCUCCAGCGCAUUCAGAGCAGCGAGUCCUUCUCCAACCGCAACGGCAGCACCGGUGGCAGCGGUGGCAGCAGCAGUAGCAGCAGCGGGGUGUGCAACGCCGACACCCAGGGCCUGGUGCCGCGGAUCACCCAGCUGCUGGACAAGCUGCACUCCACCCGACAGCACCUCCAUCAGGCCUGGCACGUCCGCAAGCUCCAGCUGGAUCAGUGCUUCCAGCUCCGCCUGUUCGAACAGGACGCAGAGAAGAUGUUUGACUGGAUCAUGCACAACAAGGGUUUGUUCCUGGCAGGCUACACGGAGAUUGGCAACAACCACCCCCACGCCAUAGAGCUGCAAACCCAACACAACCACUUUGCGAUGAACUGCAUGAAUGUGUACGUGAACAUUAACCGGAUCAUGUCUGUGGGCAACCGGCUGCUGGAGUCGGGUCACUACGCCUCCCAGCAGAUCAAGCAGAUCUCAGGCCAGUUGGAGCAGGAAUGGAAAGCCUUUGCUGCUGCACUGGAUGAACGUAGCACGCUGUUGGAGAUGUCAGCCAGCUUCCACCAGAAAUGUGACCAGUAUAUGAGUAACGUGGACUCGUGGUGUAAGGCGUGCGGUGAGGUCGAUUUGCCCUCUGAGCUGCAAGACCUUGAAGAUGCCAUCCACCAUCACCAAGGCCUGUACGAACACAUCACUGCUGCCUACUCUGAGGUGAGCCAAGACGGCAAAGCUCUGCUGGACAAGCUGCAGCGACCUCUGACCCCGGGCAGCGCUGAUUCACUGACCGCAUCAGCAAACUACUCCAAGGCGGUGCACCACGUCCUGGACAUCAUCCACGAGGUGCUGCAUCACCAGAGACAGCUGGAAAACAUCUGGCAGCACCGUAAAGUGCGGCUGCACCAACGUUUGCAGCUCUGCGUCUUUCAACAGGACGUCCAACAGGUUUUGGACUGGAUAGAAAACCAUGGCGAGGCCUUCCUCAGCAAACACACAGGUGUGGGAAAGUCCCUCCACCGAGCCCGAGCUCUGCAGAAACGACAUGAGGACUUUGAGGAAGUGGCACAGAAUACGUACACCAAUGCAGACAAGCUGCUGGAGGCGGCCGAGCAGCUGGCCCAGACGGGAGAGUGCGACCCAGAGGAGAUCUACCAGGCCGCCCACCAGCUCGAAGACCGAAUCCAAGACUUUGUUCGCCGCGUGGAGCAGCGCAAAGUCCUGCUGGACAUGUCUGUCGCCUUCCACACGCACGUCAAAGAGCUGUGGACGUGGCUGGAGGAGCUCCAGAAGGAGCUUCUGGACGACGUUUAUGCCGAGUCGGUGGAGGCCGUCCAGGAUCUGAUCAAGCGCUUUGGCCAACAGCAGCAGACCACGCUGCAGGUCACCGUCAAUGUCAUCAAGGAGGGAGAGGACCUCAUCCAGCAGCUCAGGGACUCUGCCAUCUCCAGCAACAAGACACCCCACAACAGCUCCAUAAACCACAUCGAGAGUGUCCUGCAGCAGCUGGAUGAAGCUCAGGCGCAGAUGGAGGAGCUGUUCCAGGAGAGGAAGAUCAAACUGGAGCUCUUCCUGCAGCUGCGCAUCUUUGAGCGAGACGCCAUUGACAUCAUCUCUGACCUGGAGUCAUGGAAUGAGGAGCUGACAGGUCAGAUGAAUGAUUUUGACACAGAGGACCUGACGCUGGCUGAGCAGAGGCUGCAGCACCACGCUGACAAGGCCCUGACCAUGAACAACCUCACCUUCGAUGUCAUCCACCAGGGACAGGAGCUGCUGCAGUACGUCAACGAAGUCCAGGCCUCUGGUGUGGAGCUGCUGUGUGAUCGGGACGUUGACAUGGCCACACGGGUUCAGGACCUGCUGGAGUUCCUCCAUGAAAAGCAACAAGAGCUCGACUUAGCAGCUGAGCAGCACCGCAGGCACCUGGAGCAGUGUGUCCAGCUGAGACACCUGCAGGCUGAAGUCAAGCAGGUUCUGGGUUGGAUUCGUAAUGGCGAGUCGAUGCUGAACGCUGGUCUAAUUACAGCCAGCUCCCUACAGGAAGCCGAGCAGCUGCAGAGAGAGCACGAACAGUUUCAGCAUGCCAUUGAGAAAACCCACCAGAGUGCCCUGCAGGUUCAGCAGAAGGCGGAGGCUCUGCUUCAGGCCAACCACUACGACAUGGACCUGAUCAGAGACUGUGCAGAGAGCGUGGCCUCCCACUGGCAGCAGCUCAUGCUAAAGAUGGAGGACCGAUUAAAGCUGGUCAACGCCUCUGUGGCCUUCUACAAGACCUCUGAACAGGUGUGUAGUGUGUUGGAGAGCCUGGAGCAGGAGUAUAAGAGGGAGGAGGACUGGUGUGGAGGAGCAGACAAACUGGGACCCAACUGUGAAACGGAUCACGUCACCCCCAUGAUCAGUAAACACCUGGAGCAGAAGGAAGCAUUUCUCAAGGCUUGCACUCUGGCCCGAAGAAACGCUGACGUCUUCCUCAAGUACAUGCACAGGAACAGUGUCAACAUGCCUGGGAUGCUGAGCCACGUGAAGGCACCAGAACAGCAGGUUAAAAACAUCCUCAAUGAGCUAUUACAGAGAGAGAACCGUGUUCUCCACUUCUGGACCAUGAGGAAGCGACGGCUGGAUCAGUGUCAGCAGUAUGUGGUGUUUGAACGCAGCGCCAAGCAGGCUCUCGAGUGGAUUCAUGACACCGGAGAGUUUUACCUGUCCACACAUACAUCCACCGGCUCGAGUAUCCAUCACACACAGGAACUGCUGAAGGAGCACGAGGACUUCCACAUCACAGCCAAGCAAACCAAGGAGCGUGUGAAGCUGCUGAUCCAGCUGGCUGAUGGCUUCUGCGAGAAAGGACACAGUCACGCCGGGGAGAUCAAAAAAUGGGUGACCGCUGUGGACAAGCGCUACCGAGACUUCUCCCUGCGCAUGGACAAGUACCGCUGCAGUCUGGAGAAAGCCCUGGGCAUCUCCUCGGACUCGAACAAGGCAAGUAAGGAUCUCCAGCUGGACAUCAUCCCAGCCACAGCUCCAGGGUCAGAGGUCAAGCUGAGGGAUGCUGCUGCCCAUGAGCUGAAUGAGGAGAAACGAAAGUCGGCACGCAGAAAGGAAUUCAUCAUGGCAGAGCUGAUUCAGACCGAAAAAGCCUACGUACGAGACCUGAGGGAGUGCAUGGAUACAUACCUGUGGGAGAUGACCAGCGGAGUGGAGGAGAUUCCUCCAGGAAUCAUCAAUAAGGAGCACAUCAUCUUUGGAAACAUGCAGGACCUCUAUGAAUUCCACCAUAACAUCUUUCUCAAAGAGUUGGAAAAAUAUGAGCAGCUACCGGAGGAUGUUGGGCAUUGUUUUGUCACAUGGGCUGACAAGUUCCAGAUGUAUGUGAACUACUGUAAGAACAAACCUGACUCCACCCAGCUCAUUUUAGAACACGCUGGGAACUACUUUGAUGAAAUUCAACAGCGGCACCGACUGGCCAACUCCAUCUCGUCCUAUUUGAUCAAGCCAGUGCAGAGAAUCACCAAGUAUCAGCUGCUGCUGAAGGAACUGCUGACGUGCUGUGAAGAAGGUAAAGGAGAGAUCAAGGACGGCCUGGAGGUGAUGCUCAGUGUUCCCAAGAAGGCCAACGAUGCCAUGCACCUCUCAAUGCUGGAAGGUUUCGAUGAAAAUAUCGAGUCACAAGGCGAGCUGAUUCUUCAGGAGUCAUUCCAGGUCUGGGAUCCAAAGACUCUGAUCCGGAAAGGUCGAGAACGCCACCUCUUCCUCUUUGAGAUGUCCCUCGUCUUCAGCAAGGAGGUCAAGGACUCCAAUGGCAGGAGCAAAUACAUCUACAAGAGCAAACUCCUUACGUCGGAGUUGGGGGUGACAGAGCACGUUGAGGGAGACCCCUGUAAGUUUGCUUUAUGGGUGGGUCGCACCCCAACCUCUGACAACAAGAUUGUGCUCAAGCUAAGUCAGGGAUCCAAACAUGGAGCGAUGGCGUCCAGCAUCGAAAACAAGCAAGACUGGAUCAAGCACAUCAGGGAGGUGAUCCAGGAGCGCACCAUUCACCUGAGAGGAGCACUCAAGGAGCCCAUACAUAUUCCCAAAGCAACUACCGCCAAGCACCACAAGGGACGAAGGGAUGGAGAGGACCUGGACAGUCAGGGUGAAGGCAGCAGCCAGCCAGACACCAUCUCUCUGGCCUCCCGCACCUCUCAGAACACACUGGACAGCGACAAGCUCUCUGGUGGCUGCGAGCUGACUGUGGUCAUACACGACUUCAUGGCCAGCAACAGCAACGAGCUGACGGUGCGGCGUGGCCAGACGGUGGAGGUUCUGGAGCGUUGUCACGACAAACCCGACUGGUGCCUGGUCAGGACCACAGACCGCUCUCCUGCCCAGGAGGGUCUGGUGCCCUGCUCCAUGCUCUGCAUCGCCCAUUCCAGGUCCUCCAUGGAGAUGGAGGGCAUCUUCAACCACAAAGACACUCUGUCAGUGUGCAGCAACGACUCCAUCAUGCCAGGAUCAUCCGCUACGCUGCAGCCUGGUCACGGCCUCGGCUCCCACACCUCACCAGGGCCUAAAAGACCAGGUAACACAUUACGAAAGUGGCUCACCAGCCCGGUGCGUCGGCUAAGCAGCGGAAAGGCGGACGGCCAUGUAAAGAAGCUUGCCCACAAACACAAGAAGAGCCGUGAGGUGAGGAAGAGCGGAGAGAUGACGAUGGGAUCACAGAAAGACUCAGAUGACAGUGCUGCUACUCCUCAGGAUGAAACUUUGGAGGAGAGGGUUCGUAAUGAGGGCCUGUCGAGCGGUACCUUGUCCAAGUCCAGUUCUUCGGGCAUGCAGAGCUGUGGAGAGGAGGAGGGCGAGGAGGGUGCUGACUCAGUACCUCUGCCUCCACCUAUGGCCAUCCAGCAACACAGCCUGCUGCAGCCAGACUCACAGGAUGACAAGACAUCUUCUCGUCUGUCAGUCCGUCCAUCCAGUUCAGAGACGCCCAGUGCCGCUGAGUUGGUCAGCGCCAUCGAGGAGCUCGUCAAAAGCAAGAUGGCUCUGGAGGACAGACCCAGUUCUCUGUCUGUAGAACAGGGAGACAGCAGCUCUCCCUCCUUCAACCCGUCUGACAACUCCCUCCUGUCCUCCUCCUCCCCCAUCGAGGAGAUGGACGAACGCAGGACCAGCAUUCUUAAGAGAAGACAUUACAUUCUGCUGGAGUGGGUGGAGACAGAGCGAAAUUAUGUCAGAGACCUCGGCCUGGUGGUGGAGGGCUACAUGAGCAGAAUGAAGGAGGAGGGUGUCCCUGAUGACAUGAAGGGAAAAGACAAAAUCGUGUUUGGCAACAUCCAUCAAAUCUUCGACUGGCACAAAGACUUCUUCCUCAGGGAGUUGGAGAAGUGUUUGGAGGACCCCGACAGACUGGGACCGCUCUUUCUCAAACAGGAACGGAGACUAAACAUGUACGUAGUGUACUGUCAAAACAAGCCCAAGUCGGAGCACAUUGUCUCGGAGUACAUCAACACCUACUUUGAGGACCUGAAGCAGCGGCUGGGACACAGGCUGCAGAUCACAGACCUGCUCAUCAGACCAGUCUCAAGGAUCAUGAAGUACCAUUUGCUGCUAAAGGAAUUCCUGAAACAUUCUAAAAAGGCUGGGCUUGAGUCUAUGGAUUUGGAGAAAGCAGUGGAGGUUUUGUGCAUUGUGGCAAAGAGGUGUAACGACAUGAUGAAUGUUGGCCGGCUUCAGGGAUUUGAUGGGAAAAUUGUGGCUCAGGGCCGCCUUUUGCUGCAGGACACAUUCAUGGUGUCCGAUCCAGAGGGCAGCCUGCUGGGCCGGAUGAAGGACAGGAGAGUCUUCCUGUUUGAGCAGCUUGUCAUCUUCAGUGAGCCACUGGACAAGAAGAAAGGUAUCUCCCUGCCAGGCUUCCUCUACAAGAACAGCAUCAAGGUGAGCUGUUUGGGUCUGGAGGACAAUGUGGAAGGUGAUCCCUGUAAGUUCAUCCUCACCUCUCGGUCGACCAACGGCACCGUGGAAUCCUUCGUUCUUCAUUCGUCACACCCAGGGGUGCGUGAGGUCUGGACCCUUCAGAUCAGCCAGAUACUCGAGAGCCAACGCAACUUCCUCAAUGCUCUGACCUCACCAAUAGAGUAUCAGAGGAACCAUGUAGAGGCGAGCAGUGGGCCGUGUGUGCCCAGCAUGGGAGCUCCAAGUGGAGGCAGCAGUGGUUCCAGUGUGGCCCCUGGAGUAGGAGGUGGAAGCUCUCAGGGUAGCUCCAUCCCUGCAGGACCUCAGGGUGGCUCUCGUCGGCCCUCAAGGAUCCCACAACCUUCCCGUCUGCCCCAACCCCUACGCCACCAUGCUGGGGCCGACCCCGACGGCCCCAACAAGAUGUCAGGGGGUAGCCCACAGGGCAAGCGCCCUGUCCACAUCCCAGAGGACCAAGCACAGACCCCCACUCCUGCCAGCGCUGUAGCCCCUAUUCCCCGUGCCACGGUUGGGCCUCUGCCCUCCACACCCAGUUCCAAACCACGGCCAGGAGCUGUGUCCCCCAUGAGCUCCCCCAUGUCCACUCCCGCUUUUGGCAAGGACACCCUCCCUCCUCCCCCUCCCAGCCCAGGCCAAAAGUCUGGAUCUGGAUUCUGGAGCUCCAUGCCGGGCUCUCCAGCCAGCCGGCCUGGCUCAUUCACCUUCCCAGGGGAAGCAGGAGAGUCUCCGGUUCGUCAGAGCUCAAACCAGAUCCAAACUGGCUCUGGGAGCCAAACCCACAGACACUCCACGCACAGCAAGGAGGCCGACCGCAUGAGUACGUGCUCAUCGGCCAGUGAGCAGUCCAUCCAGUCCACCCAGAGCAACGGGAGUGAAAGUAGCAGCAGCAGUAGCGUAUCCACCAUGUUGGUGACCCAGGACUACAUGGCUGUGAAGGAGGAUGAGAUCAGCGUCAUUCAGGGUGAGGUCGUCCAGAUUUUGGCCAGCAACCAGCAAAACAUGUUCCUGGUGUUCAGGGCUGCCACCGAGCAGGGCCCCGCCGCCGAGGGCUGGAUCCCCGGAUUCGUGCUGGGACACACCUCGACCAUUGUCCCCGACUGCCCCGAGGGAUCCAUCAAUAGGAAGUCUUCAUCCUGGCACACGUCUCUGCGCAUCCGGAAGAAGUCUGAGAAAAAGGAGAAGGAGGCAAAGAAAGAGACCAAGCUGGAAAAUGGUUACAGGAAGUCCAGAGAUGGCCUGGCCAAUAAAGUUUCUGUAAAGCUUCUAAAUCCAAACUACAUCUAUGAUGUUCCUCCAGAGUUCCUCGUACCUCUGAGUGAUGUAACGUGUGACAACGGAGAGAGCGUCACCCUCAGGUGUAAGGUUUGUGGCCGACCCCGGGCUACCGUCACCUGGAAGGGACCCAACCAGAGCAACCUCAGCAACAACGGACACUUCAGCAUCGCCUACAGCGAUACGGGUGAAGCAACGCUGCGGAUAAUCGGCGUGGCCUCUGAGGAUGAUGGCGUUUACACUUGUGUUGCAACCAACGAGUUGGGCAGUGUAACGUCAUCAGCUAGCCUCAGGGUGUUGGCUGUGUCUGCUGAUGGGGUCAGAGUGAGCUGGAAGGACAACUUUGAGUCUCACUACGCUGAAGUGGUUGAACUGGGAAGGGGUCGUUUCUCUGUUGUCAAGCGUUGCGACCACCAGGGCACCAAACGUACGGUGGCGGUCAAACAGGUAAACAAGAAGCUGAUGAGGAGAGACCGGGUGACUCAGGAACUCAAUCUGCUCCAGAGACUCCAACACCCACACAUAGUCAGCCUGAUAGACACGUACGAAACCCCCAGCAGCUACGCCCUAGUCCUGGAGAUGGCUGACCAAGGCCGUCUGCUUGACUACAUAGUGAGCUGGGGGAAUCUGACGGAGGAGAAAGUGGCCUGCUACCUGCGCAACGUUUUAGAAGCUUUACACUACUUGCACAACUGCAGAAUAGUUCAUUUGGACGUAAAACCUGAGAACCUGCUGGUUGCCCACAUCACCAGCGGCCAGCCAACGGUCAAACUCAUAGACUUCGGGGAUGCCGUCCAGCUCAACAGCGCCCACUAUGUUCACCCUCUGCUGGGCAGCCCUGAGUUUGCCUCUCCAGAGUUGGUCCUUGGAGAGCCCGUGUCACUGACCUCUGACCUGUGGAGUCUGGGCGUGGUGACCUACGUGCUGCUGAGCGGCGCCUCCCCCUUCCUCGACGAGAGCGCAGAGGAGACCUGCCUGAACAUCUGCAGGCUGGACUUCAGCUUCCCCAGGGAUUACUUCCAGGGCGUCAGCCAGGCGGCCCGAGACUUUGUUUGCCUGCUCCUAAGGACUGACCCAGGAAGGAGGCCUCCGGCUGGGCUCUGCCUCCAGGAGCCGUGGCUGCAGGCCGGUCUUGGUGAUGGUCGGGCCAGAGCAGAAGGUUGCCUGGAUACCUCCCGCCUCAUUUCCUUCAUAGACAGAAGGAAACAUCAGACUGACGCCCGGCCCAUCGGAGGAGUCAGGAGCUUCAUUCAAAGUCGCCUUCAGCCUCGAGUUUAACUCCCAAACACCUCCCAGCCCCUACUGCCUCACCAAUGUGAUCAUAGCAGACAGACGCAGGAAAAACUGGACACUCCUCGGUUUGUUGUCCAGUGCUGAGGCUGUAGGGGCUGCAGGUUCCGCUGGAACCAGUGUCUUUAUGGUCUAGAUGUAAAAAGAAGGAGAAACAAUGAAUGCUGAUCUUAUCCUCUUUCACAAAAUAUCAAUUUAGUAAAAUUCUGUAGUCCUUUUAGUAGUUCAGACCUGCUGAGGUCUUAAGCCAAUCAGAGCCCGAGAGAACAGAGUUCUCCCCAAUCACGUAAAUUAAUGGAUGCCCUUGUCUACUGCUGCUUGCUGGUUUCAACUCAAAACAGAUUUUGUAAUUAAGUGAACAAAAAAUUCUAAAAAAAAAAAAUGAACACAUUAUGAAGUAAGUUAUUUUCUUUUGAAAGAGUUGGAGCUGAUUAGAAGAGCCGGUUGAUCGAGCCUUGACGCCACUGCACAGACACAGAGCUUUCAGGAGAAAGCUGGUGAUAGCGCUGAGAGCAAACCGCCCUCCCUCAUGUUGCUAAGGAGGAGCCCAGACGUUGUGUGUUUUUGCUCUUUUACACUAAAGCUGUAACUCAGAUACUUUUGAGAAGCAGCCCUUUCUUAUAGAAACAAUGUAUAGAAAGGAAAAGUACAGUCUACGUUUCCGAGAAAAUAAUAAUUGUAGAAAAUGCUCAUCAGUUGAAAGUUGCUGUGCUACUUUGAACUCUGUAGACACGUGGAGACAGUAACUGAGCUACUUGACUUUGAGACAUUUAUACACGAGCUUUUUGAUGGCUGCGCUUACAUAACGUACCUAAUCUAAGAUACCAUGAUGACCAUGUCGUGAGUAAUAAUGCUGCACUGUCCGACCUGAGAAGGAACAAUAGACAUCCAUCGUUAGCUUUUCCUAGAACAAAACUUGUGUUGCGCAGAUAUGACAUGUUUAAGCCUUACCUUGUAUAUAGACUUCUGGCCUCUUUCCCCUCACGUUCACGGCGGACUCCUGCUUUUGGACGGCAGGACUGUUGGAGCCUCGGUGGCAGCGGUGACUGCCAAUCAGAUGAGCUUGAAUGUGGAGGCGGAGGAGGACGACUUACUGUAAAUGCACUCAUUGUAUGUUAUGUUUGAUUAUCAUGUGCAAUGUUGCGGCUUUAACAUUUUAUGCAACUAUUUAUGAAGACAUCUGUUGUAUCUGUAAUAAAUCUAGAGAAAAGCAUGUACUUGGUACUGCAA